AUGGAAGUACAACUGAUAAAUCCGUCGCCGGCGAUCGACUUCAACUACGACAGCACCUCCACUUCUCCAUACGUCACCGCACCUUCAAGCCCUCAGUCCACCAUCCCUUUCACAUGGGAAGAAAAACCAGGGAUUCGCAAACAAAAUAACGAUGAUAAUUGUGAAGAAGAAGAUGUAGAAAACGAUUCGGAUUUUGCAUUCGGCCAUUUGGAACGGCAUUCUAUCUCCGCCGCCGACGAGCUCUUUGAUGGCGGCAAGAUCAAGCCAUUAAAACCACCGCCGCGUCUGCAUUUCUCUAAUGAUUCACAUUCACCCCGAUCGCCCAAAUCCCCUAAAUUACGGUUCAAAGAAGCGUUGUCUCCACGGAGUAAGAUUAAGGAUUUCGAUCCUUUUUCAGAGGCAUUAAAACAAACAUCUGGUGAGCAGACUAACCCCGAGGAAAAUCCACUGGAACGCGGGCGAGAACAAACGACGAAAUCCACCAGACGCAAAGCAUCUCGAUCUCUGUCACCAUUUAGAGUCUCUGAUGUUCUAAACAACCAGAAAAACUCAACAACGGGUCAAUCAUCACCGACGGGUUUAACUUGGUACAACAAGUGGAACCUCAAGAAUCUGCUACUGUUCAGAAGUGCGUCGGAGGGAAGCGUGUCAACGAGGAAGGAUCCAUUGAAGAAAUACACGAUGUUAAAGAAGAGUGAUCGUGACGUCAAGACGACGUUUAGCUUCAGAAGCACUGAUAGUGGUGGUUCAGUGAAGGUGUCGGCGGAUGAAACGGCGGCGGAUCAGGAGGAGAUGGGGAGGAAGACCACCUUGCCGUACAAAUCAGGAUUAAUGGGUUGCUUAAGGUUCCAUCAAAAUGCAGGAAGUGUUCAUGAGAUCUCCCGAGGGAUCGAUUCUCUUAUGAAGCACUGA